GGGCGUUGUUUGUACUACGUUGUUGCCUACCCAGAGAUCUGAGAUCUGACGCAACAGAAAUUAUUCAGUGAUAAAAAACAAGGGAGAUAACGUAGAGGUUGGUGCAAUAAGUCUAGUGGCAGGCAAUGAUAAAGCUAAUUUAAAAAAAAAAACACUGUCUUCUGUAACUAGUUGAUUGUUUUGCGUACUUAGUGAUCAUCAAGGUCAGACGCUUUCUUUUGUUAUUAAUUAAAAAAACUUACAGUGCGCACUGCAGAAACAUUACAUUUCUACUUCAGUUGUACGUUUUUUGUCCACUUCUUUAAUUUUUGGCACACAAAUAUCCAAUCACAUGGGUCAAUCUUUGUCAUUAAUCAAUUAUCAAAAUAAAACAUUCAGCUUGCACAGCGCAAAAUUUGAAUCAAUAAACAUGACAGUCUGCGGAUUGCUGAUUGAAUGUUCUGAUCGAGAACCCAUUCCUGUGCCUUUGACUGGCGUCUCAGUUGAAGUCCAAAUCAUUGAUUUAGGGGCUAAAGUAACAAUUGAACAACGCUACGUUAACAGAGAAAAUCAGCCCAUCGAAGCAGUUUAUCUUUUCCCGCUAGAUGAAGGAGCUGGCGUAUGUCAAUUCACGGCCGAAGUUGACGGGCGCAUUAUCCAAGGUGUUGCCAAGGAAACGGAAGAAGCAAAAACUGAUUACGAACAUGCAAUUCAAAGUGGACAUUCGGCUUUUUUGGUUGAAGAAAAAUUACCGGAUGUCUUCAAGGCUAAAAUAGGAAAUCUGGCCGCUGGAUCGGGUGCUAAAAUCCGUUUGACUUACGUCACCGAGCUAAAAGUGGAAGGAGGCGAAAUACGAUUUUAUUUGCCGACCACCAUCGCGCCCCGUUACGUGCCCAGCACUGAUGGUUCAAGCGCCGCAAAAGAUUUAGCUUCAAUAAAAUACUCCCAGGAAUCCCAUUAUAAGGUAGAUUUUAACAUCACGGUACAAAUGGCAUCAGCCAUUAAAGAAAUACGUUCCCCAACGCACAAAAUUACCGUUAGCAGCGACGCUACCAAUAUGCCAACGCGAAGGACAUUACGAUUGGACGAUGAAGUGACUUCCAUGGAUAGAGAUCUUGUUGUAUACGUUCAAAUAGCUGAGCCCCAUCAGCCCCGAAUUAUUCAAGAGAAAUCACCCGAAGGAAGUGCAGCAAUGAUGUUAAGCUUAGUUCCCAGUUUCAAAUUGGCUGAACAAAAAACAGAAUUGAUUUUUCUCGUGGACCGUUCCGGUUCGAUGGACGGACAAGGAAUCGAGCAGGCUAAACAGGCGCUUAAACUUUUUCUUCAUUCCUUGCCUCUUGAUUGCUAUGUCAACAUUGCGGGUUUCGGUUUCUCGUACGAAGAGCUUUAUCCGUCAAGCAAAAAAUACGACGAAGGUGUAUUAAACACUGCAAAGGCGUAUGCUGAACAAUUGCGAGCAAAUUUAGGUGGUACGGAAAUAUUGCAACCUUUGGAGAGGAUUUUCAAAAAACCGCCAAUUGACGGUUAUCUACGACAAGUUUUUGUUCUCACCGAUGGAGAGGUUUCAAACGCACCCCAAGUUUUAAGCUUAGUCCGUCAGCAUAGCGGACGAACGCGAGUUUUCGCAUUAGGUUUGGGAAGUAGCGCUAGCCAUCAUCUAGUAGAAGGGAUGGCACGCGCUGGUAAUGGAACUGCCCUUUUCGCCUCGUUAGAAGAACGUUUGGAAAAGAAAGUUAUGCAACAAUUGCAAGACGCCCUACAACCAGCCCUUACAGAUAUCAAGAUUAAAUGGGAAGGUUAUGAUGACACGGGGCAAUCGCCUGUUCAUGUAAAUGUGCCCGUUCAAACUGAAAAGACGUUGAUGGGUUACGGUAAACCUCUGGACGAACCUAUGAAAACCGUCUCUGAUAAACCAGAAAAAAAAUUGCGUCAAGCCCCGUGCGAUGCGAUGAUUCCCCCAGUUUUUGACGGAAAACAUUUGAUAGUUUAUGCCCUUCUUGCACGUGAUGCUCACGUUCCAAAAUGGGCCGAAAUAAUCGCAUCGUCACCCAUUGGCCCAUUAUCUCUAAAAAUUUCGCUAAACGAGCAAAAUCCGGAGGAAGGAAAACUCAUUCAUUGUUUAGCGGCCAAAAGAAUAAUUCAGCUUCUACAAGAUAGAGAAGAAUAUGGUGAAGCAAAACAAGAAAUUAUACAACUCGGCUGUCAAUACGGUUUGGCAUCACGGUACACAUCCUACGUUGCCGUAGAUCCAAAAGAACAAAAAGAGCUUAAAGAAUCCUGGAUGAUGAUGAAAUCGCGUGAUGUUCCCGUUCAAAUAGCUCAUGGUUGGGGUGGUCAAGUUCAAAACUUCAGCGCUCCUUCAAUGUUUCAGACUCGAUCGGCCUGCCAGCCGAGGUCGCUGAACUAUUCAAAUUUGCAGCUGAUGACUGACUGUGCCCAACCUGUGGCUAACAAUUUCAUGUUCUCAAUGUCAAAAAAAUCACGAAUGCACAAAUCGAUGAAAUCUGCCCCAGCAUGCAGCCCAACUCAAUCGGUGUUCAGUCGCAUAAUUCAAGCAAGUCCUUUCGGAACGUUUGGAGUUGAAACGGACUCGUUCGACAGUAGCCCAGGAAAGGAUGAUUUCCCAGCCAAUACAAACGACGAUAAUCUAAUGAAACUUGUAUCCAGUCAAAACUUUGAUGGAUCCUUUAGACUGGAAUCUGUGUUAGGACAGCUUCUUGGAACCACCGUAGAUGACAUUAGACAAGCUGGAAAGCAACAUUUAUAUUCGGAUAAAGUUUGGGCGACCGCUAUCGCUUUGGCUUACAUGUCGCUCGCGCUGAUUGAGCUUCAAUCCUCUUGGAUGUUGGUGGCCAAAAAAGCAGAAAAUUGGAUUCGUUCGCAGAAAUUGAUGGACGAAGCUGCCUGCACGAUGACAGCACAGCAAUUUGUCAAAGACAAACUGAAUUUGUAAGACGUCCAUCAAAUCCUGACACCGCAAAGAAAUAGAAUAGGUCUCCACAUUUAACCCACAAUGACCUCUAGAUGAUUCUGCGUUGCGCUCCGCAAUUCCGCAAAUCUUUAGCUUUUUUUAACAAACGGGCAAUAGGGAAAAGCUUAAAUCUUAAUCCUUACUUUUACGAAAAGGAUAUAUUUGCUUGAUUUUUACAUUAGCUUUUAGCUUUAAAUAUUUGUGUAGUAUUUCUACAGAAUAUUUCAAUAAUAGUUUUUGCUAUUAA